GAGUGCAGGACCAGAGCUGAGGAGAGCGGAUGUCUUCUGGCGGGUUUGGGGAGGAAGGUCGCUCGACGCCGGCGGCUGCAGUGCCUGGACCGCAGCAGCCCUUCGCGAUGGCCCAGCAAGGGGCCCAGGGGCGCAAUCCCCUGCUGUGCUUUGUGUGCAACGACUUCUACAGCGAACCCUGCCUACUCGGGUGCUUCCACUCGUUUUGCUCGCGCUGCCUUCAGGGACGGGACAACGACAACAAAAUCCAAUGCCCCCUUUGCGGACAAAAGACGGUACUGAAGGACGGAGCUCCGCUGCCGCCCCCGGACCACCUCCUGCGCCAGCUCAUCGACAUGUACAACGCGGAGAACCCUGCCUGCGCCAACUGCGACAAGAGGAACCGCGCGGCCAUGUACUUCUGCCACACCUGCGGUCAGGCUUUGUGCGCCGGCUGCCGGGACAACACGCACAGGGCCAAAAUGUUCUCCACGCAUGACGUCAUCCACAUGUCCAAGUUCAACAAAGAGGGAAAAAAGAAGUGCGCCACACACAACGAGCCUUUCAUUAUGUUCUCCAACUCGCAAAAGAACAUGCUCUGCAUGCACUGCUUCAGGGACACGCCGCCCGAGUCUCGACUGCAGUGCGUCGACAUCGACACUGCUUACACGCAGGGCUGUAAAAAACUCGAAAGGGCCGUCAUGGGUGUGUGCGAGCUGCAGGGUUCAGUGCGAGAGGGAAUGGUCAUGUUCCGAUUGCUGUUGGACGAGCUGAAGAAAAACAUGGAGUCCGAGAAAAGUUCGAUCAACUCGUUCUGCCAAGGGAUGCAAGAGGCGAUCGCGAAGACGCACGCGGCCAUGGCGAUGGAGGUGCAGCGCCAGUUCGAGACCAAGGAGCGCAUGUUCCGCACGCAACUGGUGGGCCUGGCGUCCGUGCUGCCCAUUCUGCAGAUGCAUCUGCUCAUGUGCACCACGUUCAGCACCUCGGCCACCAAGUACGAGUUCCUCGGACUCGCCUACCCCAUGAUGGAGCGGCUGACGGCGGUCACGCAAAUCAGCCCUUCGGUGCGGCCCAACCAGAACUCCAACGUCAAAACCAACUUUCGCUCCGAGUUCGGCCACGCGCUCGACCCCUGGGUCGGACCGUCAAAGCAGCAGCAACAGCAGCAGGCCCCUGAGAAAUUGUACGAAGCGAGAACCCAACUGCAGGGCCACCCGCCCUCCUCCAGGCGCCAGCAGGUCGCGUUGAGGGCCAAGGCGAUGGAGGGCGAAGGGCCCUUUUCAAACCAUUGCAGAAGUUUCGACGGGCAGCUCAAAGAACUCGCUGGACAGCUUAUGCAGCUCAAAGAACAGCUCACCAGUUUGCACAAAGAGGUAGUCCAGCAAAGGCCGAAUCAGGCAGGGCAGCAAAUGGCCCAGGGCAAGCUGGAGCACAUUUCGCGCGACUGCACCAACCUGGAGGAGACCCUGGAGAGGCACCAGACGGAGCUGGAGCGGUUGCGAAGCGUUUUCGACGCGAUCUGGGAGGAGCAGUUGUGUCGCAUCCACGUCGAGCAGGACAUGUUCCAGCAGCAGACGCAGGAGGUGGCAGCGCUGCGCUCCGAAGUGCGCCACCUGAGCCUGGUGGCGCGCCAACUCGAGCCGUACAUCCGCAGCCUCAACACGCAACACCAGCAGCACCAGCAGGAGCGGCCGCCCUCGUCCGAACAGGCCACCCCGGACAGCGCCGCCUCGUUCGCCAGCCUCGAGCCGCACCUCCAGUCGCUGCUCGACAAAAUCAGCCUGCUGCAGAUGGAGCAGGAGGCGCGUCUUGAGAACCAGCGCGAAGCGUGCCGCCUCCACCCGUCGCACGUCUCGUCGCCGGUCGACGAAAACCUUGCCAUGGCCAAAGAGCGACGCCGGGACGAUUUGCGAGCAAAGGCGGAGCGCGGAAUGUUGGGCCAGUUGAUCGACAAAGUUCGGACCAAAGAGGAACGCGGCAAAAAGUCUCCAGGGGAAGAGCGGCCGAAGACAAAGACUCGCACGAAAGCGGCCAGUUACUCGAGUUUCCGGGACGCAGCCAAGUUCCCGGAGAGCGUGGCCAGCUGCGUUGACGUGGAACGAAUCGAGACGCACUUGAAAGAGAAGCUGCACGACGUCGGCCGCUCAGUCGGGCGCAUAAUCCGGCCAGGGACGAAGGAGGAGGCGGCCGACUACCCGCAGUGGCCGCCGGUCAAGAAGCAAAGCUCGUGCGAGAGUCUGAGCGUGAGCAGCGUCAACAGUCGGCGCUCGUCGUCGGUUGACUUGGUUGAACCGCCGCGCUCGGCCUCGGCAGGGGCCAAGGGUCGUCGUGGUGACUCCCUCGAGAGACGCAUGAAGAAGCAACACUCGUGGGAAACGUUCCCGCCAAAACGGGGCCACAACGCCAGCACCGUUGCUCUUGCGAUGGCCGCGGCAGCCGCCGCGCUGGCCGCUGAAAGAGCCGAAAGGGCCGAACGCGCCUACGCCCGGCAGGACCCGAAUGAACUUCCAGACGGGUUUGACCUGAAGCCGAGCAGUCUGAAGAAGGCGGACAGCUUCGAGGGGCACGAGGAGGCCGUUCGGACGCUGGUGGCCGCCGUGCAGGAGACGCGCCACACCCAGCAGCAGCAGCAGCAGCAACAGCAGCGCAAGCCCAACAAAUAGUCGCAGGAGACCGAUGCCGAAAACACCAAUCGCAAGCAACACUGCCAGCACCCACCGUUCAUGUCGACGCCGAUUCGUCAGGUCCCUCCUCUUUCUGUCGUAGAGCUAGGUCAAUAUUGAAUCCCUGCACGCUGUUUGCUUUUGCAAGUUGCAAGUUUUUUAGCCGAGGAAAGCGUCAAACGUGGUGUUUACAUUAAAUGAUGAUCAUUCGCAAAAAAGGCGUUUAACAGAAAAAAGCGUUUAAUCUUUAAUAUGGCCCGCAAUUUUUAACUUGUUUACAGUUGAAGAAAAAGAAACCUUUGAACGUUGCUUGCUGGAAUAAGAGGUGUUUUUAAAAGACUUUUUACUGAAGAAUGAAUCGCUAAAUUUAUUGAAUGGAAAUAUAAAAAAAAAUGUACAUCAAAGAUUCUUAAUUUAGAUUGUAUGAUUCAGUGUGAGUGAAUGCUAAAAAAAAAAUAAUUUAUUACGCCUUGGCUGUUGCCCUUGAGUCAAAAUUAAUUUUAUCAGUGGCCUCUUGAUUAUCAAUAAAUAUAGCACAUUCAAACAUUAUAUUAGAGCUGAAUAAAAAAUUUGAUCCUGCGAGUUGCUACGAGAGUGAUUAGCAAAUUUUGUUGCCUCUUUGUGAUAAUGUUCAGAAAAAGGCUACAGGCGCACUUUAAGCAAGCGCCAGCCAAUUUCAUUCAAGAGGCUUGAAAGAUCUUUUUUGGCCCGCCGUGUGUCACUUCUUCUUGUAAGUAAGCAGCGCAUUUUUGUGCCAAAGCCGCCCUCGAGGCGACACGACAUCACACAUCACUACUUUCUGAUUCCCAAAGCAGCCCUCCAUUAAUUAUUUACACGCGGCUCUCGUGCGUUGCCGGGGUGUUAAAUAUGCGGUCAUGAUGCUUUUAGGCCGGAAUAUUUGCCACUUGCUGCUCCGGCCGGGAAUAAUUCAUGGGACACGUCGAGAGGGGCUCUCUCUUUUCGCCCGGCAUUCAAACGCUCAUUUUCCCAUCACCCUCCGUCAACAGACUUUUGAUGAAGCAGCCUGCUUAUACUUGAACUUUUCUGCUGCUCUGACCUUUUCGACGCAAAAAUUGAUGAAGUCACGCAAAUGAUUCUCAAGAACACUCUCUUAGCGCCUGCGGUUCGUCGGCUAGGCAACCCGCCCGAGAGUGACGCCACGCGGGCUGCAUAACUCGACGCCGCCGGCGCUAAGAAGCUGCUCGAUCAAAUCGCUGUUUUCCAUCGAUAUAGAAUAUAUAUGUAUACAUGAUAUGGUGCUUUUUACGAGUAGAACUUUUUGAACGUCGAGAUGCCUUUUCAAUCUCGCUGCUUUUCAGUUGACUGUUUUUGAGCCUGAACGAAUAUCUCAAUCUUUCGCGUAGAUGACGAGAGGCAAUUCUUGUGAUAGAGAAAAAUAUUUAAGAGUCAUGAAAUUUUCUACUCCGCAGUAGUUUUAAAUGACUAAAAUAAAGGCCCUUUGCACCUGAGCUUUUUUUUUUGUGAAAAUUAUAUUAUUCCAUAAAAAAGAUUUAUAUUUCAUGGCUUAUUUCAGUAUUUCUUACAUCUAGAUAAAUAAUUUAAUAUUAAAGGAAAAUAAUUUUUUAUUUUAAUGUUACAUCAGUUUGCAGGGCCAUUUUAAGAAGAUAAUAUUUAAGAAUGAUAUAAUAUAUCAUGUAGACUCGAUUCUAGGAAAAUCUCUCUCGAAUUCAUGUCAUGAGCUUACAUUAAAAAACGUACAUGAGAAUGAAAAGAAUGAAAAUGUCUGUCAACCCCUGCUGCAUCUCACUGAUAUCCACUUACCAUGUUAAUUAUAUUAUGCUGUAAUAUAGCUUUCCUCUGCAGUCAGUGUUGCGUAAAAUUAAUUACUGUCGUUGUUGUUAUUGCUGGAGUACGUUAAUUAUGAGAUAUAAAACAAGAGCAUGAUGAUCUACUUUAGUGAGAGCAGAAAUAUGUAUAAAAAAUAUAUAUAAAUAAUGAAAACUGACGAGAGUGGGCUGAGCAUGCCUAGUUGUGAUAAAAGACGAUGAUGACACACUGCGCAGAAUUUUAACAAUGUUAUGAAAAAAAAAUAAUGUACACCAUACACUGAACUCGCCAAACUCAUCAUCUCUGCUUGUGUAAAACGAUGAAGAUGAUUUAUAAUAAUGUUUGUUGGAGGAAUUUACACGGAAUUUAUAUAUUAUAAUAUAUCUCUAUAGUGUAGAGCGAAUAAUUCAGAAUAAUUGCUAGGGGCGGGUGAGAGUGUUGACGAAAAAAAUGAUAAUGUGCUGGAAAUGGCAUAUAAUUACAUUGUGAAAAAGAAACACGUGUUUUUGAUCCUAUCUAUAUAUAUUUAAAAAAAAAAAAACAGUUUUUGCGGCGUAAAAUGAAAAUAAUGCACAUUUCAGUGCGAUUUUAAAUUUAUCUUGUGCGAAUGUGCGUCACGCCCAGACGUGCGAUGCAUUUAUAUUAUAAGGGACGUUUUAUUGCGGGGCAUGUUUGUUAAUUGUGUUGCAGAUAUGAUUAUACCAUUUUCCUCUGGUCUCUGAAUAGCUAGAUUUACGACGACGCCGCGACAGCCACCGCGCGCGUUUAGAGCAAGUUAAGAGAGAAAAACAUUGCUCAAUUUCUACAUUGAGAAGAGCAGCUAGUUGCAAAAAAUGGUUUAAAAUUAGAGCUUUUUUUCAUAUAAACUGAAAUACAAAAUACGUGAGACCUAAACACUCUCAAAGAGCCUCAAUCUCGAUCAUUUUGUAACAAGUAAGAAUAUUUUGACUUAAUUUUAUUUCUAACCUUUGUUAAAUACGUGUAAAAAAUAAAAAAAAUAAAACGUAUUAAAUUUGAAAAACUUCUAGAAUUACAAAUUUUUUUCUGAAAUUUUAAAGUUAUUAUUUGUUGGAACUAAGAGAGCCCUAGCUAGAACAUUUCAUUGAAAUUUGGAGAAAAAAAAUCUUCACUUAAAAAUAUAUUCUGACAAUGGAACUUUGCAAAUUAUUGUGAUUGUUAAUUGUUAACCAAAAUAUUUGAAAUUAUACCAAUUUUUUUUUAGAUAAAGGAAAAAAGUUAACUCGAUAAAAAUACUUGAACUUUCAAAACAAUUUUUAUUAGAACGUUUGAGCUUUUUAAAAUAUCUCAUUUUUCACCACUCUAAGAAUUACAUAAAAAGUGAGAACAUAUUUUUUUAAUUUGAAAUUCUUCAGUUGUGUAAUCUGAAUCUGAAAACUGCCUUGUUUAAAUAAUAAUUAACUUACUCUGUUUUAACAUUAAUAUUAUUUAAUAACAAAACACGUUUUUUUUUAAAUUUUUAAACUAUGGAGUUUGGACAAAAUUAGGCUCAACGUUUUUUUUAUUUGCAUUUUUCCUCUGCGAAUUAUGAAAUCUCUUUUCAAAGCUGCGAGUUUUAAUCCUCAGAGCGGGCAACACAAAUCCGCUUGUCGUUUUACCAUAUUAUUCAUCCCAUGAUAAUACACAUGACAAACGAGAGCAGAGAGGAUGCUGGAAAGAGCGUGUCGGAACAAAUUAAAACGCGUGGACGUGCCAAAAGCUUGGGAUGAGAGGCUCUUUGAGCGCGCGAGAGGAAUCACGCAACAAACUCACUGCCAAUUACAUAGCCGGUCGCGUGCUAGCUGUGUGUGGACACCAGAAAAGAGAGAGAGACAAGAUUUUGUGUGUCGCUGGCACAUUUCGAACCUGGCUGGCUCUCAAGGGCACACGCAUUUAUAUGCUAAUUCGCACUUACUCAUACAGACACGCAGCAGAGAGCCGCCGGUUUUCAAAAUUAUACAAAACUGGAUCAAACUGAAAAAAAGCAAAAUCAUCUAGCAUCAGCAGUUCUCUUUCCCUCCUCCACAGAGGAUUAAAAAAAAGACAUGUGAGAAAAAUAAAUAAAAUUAUCGAAAACGGACGACAAUUAUUUCACGAGUGCCUCUUUUUCUUCUUUUCCGACACAAAACACACUCACCCGGUGGCGAAUGAUGAAGAUUUUAUUCGACUGCGCGCCGAGCGGCGGCUUGAAUAUUAAUUCGUCGUUGCCUCUCGCGCAAGCCAGCGGCGGAAUUUGAGCCACUCGAGCCGCUUUCCGAGCGCUGCUCUGCAUAUUACACACAGCCAGAGCAGAACGAGAUAGCGCGCCGUGUUUUGUGUGUUGUGUGCCAUUGAAAAUCAAUAUGCAGAGUUAAAAAUCUCUCUCUGUGGUAUAGAGAUAGAAGUGCUAAAAAGCAGUUUUUUUUCGUGUACAUUGCUCUCCCGUCCUUUGCUUUUUCCACCCUCGACAAGGACGACAAUGAAUGGCAAAUCGAUUCAUUCCGCUGAUA